AUGAAGCCCGGCACGGAGCGCGGCUGUACAGACGUCUCGGCAGAGGGCCUCGUGACGGUGGACCGCGCCUCGCAUCAUGUACGCGAUGUUGUUGAGGAGCUAUGGAAAAGACUGGAUCUUCCAUCAGAGGCGCUGUCGAGCAUCCUUCUUGAGGGUGGCAGCGAACCAGCAUUGCCGUCGUCUUUUCGGCUUGGACUUCUCGCGCAAGCCUCCAUCGCCUUGUCUGCUCUUGCUGCCGCUCAGAUCUACGCAUUGCGCAAUGAGGUCGAAGUGCCGCGAGUGGAAGUUCCUCUGCGACACGCCGUCAUCGAGUUCAAGUCUGAGAGGUUCUAUACCACCGACGGACAGCCGCCUUCUGCAUCGAGUGACGCGAUAGGAGGACUACACCGGACUGCCGAUGGAUAUAUUCGUGUUCACGACUCGUUUCCAAAUCACUCUAACGGUAUGUUGGAACUGGUCGGGCUUCCUCUAGAUUCGACUCGAGAAGAUUUUGCCGAUAAGAUUGCCCAAUGGCAAAGCCUUGCUCUCGAGGACGCGGCGACUGUCAAGGGUAAUCUCGCAGCCUAUGCCUUGCGCCCAUACAGCGAGUGGGAUCCUUUGCCUCAAGCGAGAGCUAUCUCAGACUAUCCAGUGAACAUCCAUCCUAUAUCCCUCGAUGGCACCAAAGGCUUCCCAGACCGGAUACUCAGGGGCGCGACCAGAUGUCUAAAAGGCCUCCGCAUCCUAGAGAUGAGUCGCGUGAUAGCAGCGCCUCUAUGCGGCAAGACCCUCGCUGCUCAUGGCGCGGAUGUGAUCUGGGUCACAUCUCCAAAUCUACCGGAUCUGCCAACUAUUGACCGCGAAUUCGGCCGUGGGAAACGUACAGUCCAACUAGACAUACACAACCCAGCUGACAAGGACAAACUCUUGGAACUAAUCAAAAAUUGUGACGUCUUCAUUCAAGGAUUUCGACCAGGCAGUCUCGCUCAACACGGUCUUUCGCCAAAAGAUCUGGCCAACAUCAACCCAAAUAUUGUGGUGGGUAACAUGUCGGCUUUCGGACCAAGCGGACCUUGGGCCAGUCAGCGUGGGUUCGACUCAUUGGUUCAGACAUGCUCGGGAAUGAACGUGUCAGAAGCUCAACAUGCCGGCGGAGGUGAAGCAGCCCGCCCAUUGCCAUGUCAAGCUCUCGACCAUGCAAGUGGAUACCUCCUUGCAACUGGAGUCCUCGCAGCACUUUACCACCGCACUUGCCAAGGUGGUGCCUGGCAGGUAGACGUCUCUCUAGCCUGCACGAUGAAGUACCUACGCAGUCUUGGACAAUACCAUGGCUCAAGCGGCUUCCAAUGCGGAGACUACAAACAGCAAGCUGAGAUACCUGCCGAAUAUCUAGAGAGCAGAGAGACUGGCUUUGGACGCAUGGUCGCUGUCAAACACAGUGCCAAGGUCAGUGGCUGCGAGGUCGGUUGGGACAUUAUGCCAAAGCCACUAGGUUCAGAUUCAGCAGAGUGGCUAUGA